GCAAACAGUAGUUAACAAUGGCAGUUGGCUUAAUAUUCGUUUUGCUAGCAACGCUGCAGCUGAGCGCAGCGCUGCCCAUGAACAAAGUUAUAGAUCUCGAUGCAUACUUUGAGCAAGCGGACAGCAGCUCGCAGGAGCGCGUUGUGGGCGGCUAUGAUGUGCCCGAUGAUGAGUAUGUGCCCUAUCAGGUGUCCAUGCAGUUCCUUACGCGCAGCGGCAAGCAGCGUCACUUCUGUGGCGGCUCACUCAUUGCGCCCAAUCGUGUGCUGACUGCCGCGCACUGCGUCAAUGGCCAGAACGCCAGUCGCAUCACAGUCGUUGCGGGAGUGCGUGAUCUGAACGACAGCACUGGGCCACGUGCUCAGGUGCAGUCGUAUGAAAUGCACGAGAACUAUCAGGAGCUGGUCACAAGUGAUAUAGCCAUACUUAAGCUUGAGUCAGCCUUUGAGCUGGAUGACAAACGCAUUGCUACCAUCGAUGUUAGCAGCAAUGAUCUUGUGGGCGCUGAUCAGGAUGUGCUGCUCUCCGGUUGGGGCUCAGUGUUUCACUUUGGCACUGGACCCUUCGCCAAAUAUCCUACUGUGCUGCAGAAGCUUUCGUAUAAAACCUUGUCCAACGAAAAGUGCAAGCAGACCAUGGAGCAGUUAACCGAUACGGAAAUUUGUGCCUUGGAACGUUUUGGCAAAGGCGCCUGCAAUGGUGAUUCGGGUGGUCCUUUGGUCAUGAGCAAUGGUGAAUCUCUGAAGCAGGUGGGCGUCGUCUCCUAUGGCACUGCCUUCUGUGCCUCCAACAGUCCCGAUGUCUAUACACGCGUCUCUAUGUUUGACGCUUGGAUUAAAGAGCGCAUGGCUUAGAUUCGGCAGCGCAUUUUCACACUCUUUAAAUUUUACAAUUAUUAGCAAAUGAAAUUAAAAUCUCUUUCUCAUUACUUUAAUAACAUUGU